CGGGGAAACACAUAGACUAAUAUUCGUGCUAUUCCGAACCACAGUAGAAGACAGUGUUGUGUAAGCUAGCAGACAAUCGCUUUAGUAUUUCCUGGAUUAAUCGUAAACAAUGUGGAAUUUACGCUAAAGAAAAAAACAUUGUGUUAGUGUGUUUGUGUAGAUUAUACUGUUACUGUAGCAGAUUUCUAUAUGGUUAUGGAAUAAUAAAAUCAGUCUAGUGUUCACUUCUACGUCAUUACUAGACCUUUGAAAUUGUACAUUUGUUUUUCACAUGGCAAUUGGUUGAUUGUGAUUGUGCAUUAUUAUUAUGAGUAUAAUUAUAUUCAAUGUGUUUUCAAACCAAUAACCUAGGAUUACAGCCAUAGGCCAGGCUUUAUUACUAAUUCUACAAUGCCGGGAGUGGUUGUUUUUGGGAGAAGAUGGUCCAUUGGAUCAGACGAUUUGGUGGUGCCUAUGAUUUUUAUGAUUGUAGUACAUUCAGCUUGGCUUAUGGCUCUCGGGAUUGUGAGAGGGAUCGUUGAUUUCACGUCUCCAGAAGAGUGCACCGUCAAUUUGCGUGACCUCAUCCUGGGCUACAUAAUCAUUGUUUCCUUCUGCAUCAUUCUCGAGGUGUGCAUCGCGUUUGUUAGCACCAGAGGAAGUAUACUCACGCAGACACCGAGAGCUAGCAUAGAGUACUUGUUGUAUGGACGAUACGUGGUUGGCCUGGUAGAAUUAGCCUGGCUCAUUCUCGGUGCAGUCUGGGCCAGCAAACACUACACUACAUGUUCUCCAGACAGCGCCAAGAAAACAUUACUCGGAGUCAUGAUCUGCGAUUGGUUACUGAUACUUCUACUAGUCAUCUCCAUGUGGUGUUCUUUCGACUCGGCUGGCAGGAAGUGGGUGAAGAUGAAAAAAUUUCAAGACAGCAUGAAGGAGCGAAGAAACACGGACCGCCGCAGGGGACAGAACAAAAGGCAGUCUGGGAGCAGGAGAAAUUGGAGACAAAGAUCAAAAACUAUACGAGACUUUUUCUAUAGAAGAAUGCAGAGAAAAGCUUUCAGAGCGUACGAAGAGAGUUGGGACAGACGUUUACAAUUGCUCUGCUGCUGUGUAGAGAGGAAAGCCGCCACCAAGAACUCUAUGAGCGAGAUAGCCUCCCUUUUUACUGAUUUCUUCCGAGACCUUGAUGUAGUGCCGUCAGACAUAAUUGCUGGUCUUGUGCUGCUCAGGAAACACCAACAACAAAGAAUGAACUCCAUUAUAUCCCAGGGAGACAACGAUGUGUAUCAGUUUUUGUCUGGCGUUCCUAUCAACCCUCAGACUAAGUUCCUCCAGCUGAGCCAGCCAGAUGUUAUGGAAAACUUCCAGAAAGUCAUCCAUUAUAUGAGAUUUGCUCUGGCUGUGUACGGGUGGCCAAUCUUUGUCAAGAUGCAUCCAGCAACUUGGUGUUGUAGACUGAUGCCACUGCUUGGUUGUUGCUGCUGUAAGAAAGCUCCCAAAGCUGAGAUCGUAGAUGACAAUUGUUGUAUGUGUAACUUUAGUACUGCCAAGUCCACCAGCGGUCUAGAAAAUUUGGAUGUAGUCUACUGCACGUAUCAUGUAGCUAUUGGCGAAACUCCAUUUUUUGUUGCAUUAGAUCAUGAAAAUAAAAAGGUUGUUGUAGCUAUCCGUGGAACAUUGUCACUUCAGGAUGUACUGACAGAUCUCCAGGCUGAGCCUGAAACAUUACCACUCGCUUCCCCUAAAGAUGACUGGCAAGGACAUAAAGGUAUGAUUCAAGCUGCAGUUUAUAUCAAGAAGAAGUUAGUGGAGGAUGGAAUACUACAGUUAGCCUGGGAAAGAGAUGAGGCUUUGACUAAAAGCUCAGACUGGCUGAGAGCGGAAAGAGAUACUUCUAAGUAUGACCUGGUGCUGGUAGGACAUUCACUUGGUGCUGGAACUGCUGCCAUCUUAGCCAUUCUCCUACAUGCUGAUUACCCAAACCUUCACUGCUAUGCUUACAGUCCUCCCGGUGGUUUGUUAACGCUACCAUGUGUUGAAGAAACCAAGUCAUUUAUUACCUCUGUUGUUGUUGGCAAAGAUUGUGUGCCUAGAAUUGGUUUGCCUCAACUGGAAAUGUUAAGAGCUGAUAUUUUAAAUCAAAUCAAAAACAGUUCAGAAUCUAAGUGGAAGAUUAUCACUGAAGGCUUGAUGUGCUGUAAACAGCAUUCUGAAAGCAGCACAACCAAGGAAAUGUUGUCCCGUGAUGUGACUGCCCAUCCCAGCAACUCCGCCAUUGGUCUCUCUGCCCACUUACCACUGUACCCACCAGGUCAGAUGAUCCAUGUGGUGAGGAGCCAUCUUACUGACAAGAAGACUCGAGGUUUUUGUGAUGACUCCAAUUUUAUCUACCAAGCUAUAUGGGCUAACAAUGGAGACUUUGAUGAAGUGCUUGUAUCUCCUACCAUGUUAAAUGAUCACAUGGCAGAUAGAGUACUAGAGGCUUUAGAAAAGGUUGUGUUGAAAGUGGCACCAGAGAAACCUGUUCACACUCUGACCGAAGAAGAGCGUCGUGAAAUGCUCAACCAUCCAUCAGUAUCUUCUCUGGCCACACCUAGUGAUAUUUUGUUGAGCAAUGCCAUCAACUCAUCUGACAUCCAGAACACUAGGGGCUCUGAGGACAGCAACCUGAAUGGUGAAGUUUUCUUAGAAGAGGUGGAUGACUCCAUAUUGUUUGGUCUGCCUAAGAGUGAUACUGAGGAGCUUGUGCGUGCACCCCUGGCCAGUCCAGAAACCUUGUCUAUGGCUUCUGGGGUGGCAGUGUUCUCACCUAGCUCUAGCAUCAUCGGAAAAGACAAUCUCAAGCACGCUUUGCACAAGUGUGCCGAGAAAUCUCUGAGCAACACCAAUGAGGCCAUCCUGGAGAAUGAGUUUAAUGUUAACCAAAGAGCUCAGAGAAGUGUUUCUCAGAGGGGUAAUAGUUCUCCUCUUGCUAGGUUGGCAAAAAAGACAAGCUCCGAGUCGAACUCCCAAGACAGCCAAACUUCAUCUUGUAAUGAGCCUGAUGCCUAUCAUGUCAAACUUAGAUCUGGAAAUACCAUCAGUGUCAAGGCUGAAGUUGUGAACGAAAUGAUCAGGCAAAACAGCAAGUCACCGUCACCUUCACGUGCUGUGGUUGACAAUUCCAAGUCUAGUGCAGUGCUGGAGCCAUCGUCUCACACUCACUUUGUCAGUCCGUCUCACUCUAAACUAAUUACCUCUGACAUGUCUCAGCAGUCAUCUAGCCUUGAGCUUGACGCAGUCGAGCCCACCAAUCAUAAGCCUAAUACUAUUCAUUUUAUUACUGGCUCGGAAAACCAUGAAGAAAACAGAAAAGAUAAUGUGGUGUCCAACGAUGUUUACUCUAGGCAUUCUCCUUCUGAAUCGAACCAGCAUGAGUAUGGUCACCCUAAUGUGUACUACUCCCAAGCAGGCAUUGGCUACCCACACAACGCCUUCCAUCUUCCCUUGCGCUUCAAUUCAUUCCCUUUAGAGAACAACUUGCAUGCGGAAGGUGAAAGUGUGGACAGUGAUAGUAGGCCAUUAAUUAAUCAUCAAGGGAAUGAAGAUGAAGGCAAUGACAUUGCUAAUGGUCAGGUCAAAGGUCAGUCUGCUCAGAAACGGCCUUUCAUGCAUGCCGAAUCAGAAUCCAGUCUUCUUUCCAAGAACAAACUUGUCCCUAGAAUGAGGCGAUCAGCCGAGCAGGGUGAUAUUGCAAAUCUCUGUGAUGCACUGGAAGUGUUUGAAUCUGAAGAAGAUAAGUCGAGGCUGUUCUACUCUUCCUUAGCCCUUCAAGAAGAGACUCCGGAGGAAGUGCUCUCAGCUGAGAAAGACGAGGUGCCAGUCUCCCUGUUACAUCCCCCUGCUUUAAAACAAGGUAAAGUCAACAAACAGUCUGUUUCUUUCGGAGAUAGUGUUGUCAUUUCUUCAGGCAAUGAGGAUGGAUAUUCCCUUUCCGACACAGACAGUAAAGAACUGUCAUCCCCCAGUGCCGAUGGUGAUAGUCAUUCUUUAAGUAGACACAGUCCUGUUUUCAAGAACCCUUCCAAAGAAACACUCAACAAUUCUGCUCAAUUUGAUGUAGCUAGUAUGAAUUUUUUAGAUAAUCAAUCUUUGUCAUUACAAGAAACUCAUUUGUGAUUGAUUGUGUUUAUCAUUUUUGAUAUUUAGUUAUUGUCUGUCUUUAGUUUUUUGUCGGUAUACUUGCAUUGAAUAGAUCUGUUUGUUGAAAAUGUAAUUCAUAUACUGUUAGAUAUUUCAAUCUAAGAUCUUGUAGAGAACAAUCUUCUCUGUAAGUCAACGUAGAAGUGAUGUGAGAAAGUAUUGACAUAGUGGUGCAGAUUAGUUUUUUAUUUUUUACUUCACUUUCAAAACUUUUAAGUGAGAACGAAGAAGUUGAUUUAAAAACUGUGAUAAAAAGAAUCUUAUGAAAAGACAAGAAACGCAUGACCUGAUUUCAGUUAUUAUCAUUUGGAAUGAACCAUUUUGUAAGGUGUAUUUUGUCAUGAAUAAUUUGUUUACAUUAUUUUUAGUAUACCCUUGUAAAGAUUAAACAAAAUAAAAAAAAAAACGACUCAUAAUUCUUCAUUAAGUCGUAAACUUGAGUCCAAAUAUAGUCCAGUUUGUUUUUAGUCUUUGUUGUCAUAGAGACUAUUCCAUGCCAUUGUAAAUGAAGCAGAAAGUCAUUUUUCACUGAGGCUUUGAUCUAGAAUGUCUGUGUGCAGCAUUGAAUAGAACAUUCACGUUGAAACUAUCAACACCCUUCUUUGUGUUCUGUAAUUUGAGUAUGUUUCUUUAGAUAUGUUUUUUUGUUUUAAUUUAAAAGUUGAACACUACAUAUAGUCAGACUGUGCUGUGAUGACUUUAUUUAUCACCUGGACAGUUAGUUUCUGUAUUAGUGAUUAAGAGAUUUAGCCUUAGUCUUGCUAAAUGAAGUGAUUGAUUGACAUAGCAUUAGACAUGAUAGAUGAAAUGAAUUGACUGAUUUAAUAUUAGUCGUGCUAGAUGAAGUGAUUGUUUAGUCUUAAUAGCUUGAAGUGAUUGAUUGCUUUAAUGUUGCAUUGGUCUUGCUAGGUGAAUUGAUUGAUUAAUUUAAUAUUAAUCUGAUUAGGUGAUUGAUUGAUUUAGCAUUAGUCUUGCUAGAUGAAGUAAUGGAUUUAUUUAAUAUUAGUUUUGCUAGAUGGAGUGAUUGAUUGAUUUAGCAUUAGUCUUGCAGAGGAAUGGAAGUCAAGUGUAGAAAACUGUUCUGUAGAAUGUGAUGACCUUAUUUCAUUGUAAUAAUGUUGUGCCAUUGAAAUUAUUAAACUAGAUGUAAACUGGACAGUGCUGAAUUAUACAAGGGAGACUAUUAGUACUGGACAUAAAUGGGGAGACAAUCUGUGAUAAAGAUCUUCUAUUUAAAUGUGUUUGAUUCUUAUAUUUAUUAUUAUCAAUUUUUUGUACUCUACUUCAGUAUUGUAAUGACAUUGUUUACUUUCAUUUAUCUGUAUUUAUUGGGCUUUGUUUCUGUGAGAUUAUACAGUUUCUAUUGUACCGGUAUAUUUAUAUACUGUAAAUAUGGCUUGGAAAUUUUAUGUUAUGUCUAGCUUGGACUUUGAUUUGCUGCCUCUCUGCCUAAUUUAUAUAUCAUAUUACUUGACAGUUUGUUAUUUAAACUAUACAUUCUUUCCUUUUUAUACUAGGUCGCUUUACAAUCACUGACAUUUUAUUCUAAGUAAUAUUUACUUUGACUUGCUGUAUAUAUUGUAGAGCCUUUUAUUUCUUGUAUGUGCCAUAAGUAUAUCAUUUGUCAAGUUAUGAUUUUGUCUGUUACUCAGUCUAUAAAUCAUUGUUCUUUCUUGAGUUCCUAGUCAUGAGAAGGUGACAAAGAUGUAUAUUUUUUUUAUAGUUUUCACAACCCUCAGCUUUAACAUAUCAGUCUAGGUCUUUAAUUUAAAUUUCCUAGUGUUUUAAACUGUAUGUCUUAGCUUGUGUUCAUUUAAUUUAAGUUGCCAAAAAAACCCACUAAUAUUGAUCAUUCUAAUAAAAAAGGUCUAUCCAAUGAUAGUUUAGCAAUGUAAUUGGUAUGAUAAUUUGAAGAUAUAAGUGUCCCAAGUUGAUUUGAUAAAGAUCUAUAGUAGACCAAUUCCAUGUGCAAUGUUGACAUCCCAGAAUUUAAUAAUUUAUACACGCAAACGGUCAUUAACUUUUACGCCAUGACCCCUAAGUCUACCAUAGUUUUAAUGGGUUAUAAAUUAUUUUUUAUAGGUUAGGACCUGUAAUUAAUUAGAACAAGAAGUCUGACAUUGAAAAAAAAAAAAAGGCUCAUAAUAUUGGGUAAAAGUAAGGAGCUCACACAUUUAAAUGGUGAUGUCUUUUUAUUGCAAGACUGUUUUCAUCUAGAUGAGAGAACAAAUCAUCUUAUGUUUUAUUGAUCAAAGAGAUUAGCUCUGUGCUGUGGGUAAACUGUCAGAAAUGAUGGCUACACAGGAUAAAAAUGAUUUAUGGACACGGAUUUACUAAAUACACUAAGUCCCCCCCCCCCAUUUUUUAAAAAUUAUUUUGCUUUUAACAUAGUAUUUUAAAAUGAAUAAUUCUUUCCUACAGCCUUUAACAUUUUUACCCAGAAAAAUCAUAAAACUAACCUCCCUCCCUAUUAUUUGUUCUUAGCAAUGUCCUGAUUUACAGUUUCUGGGAUACAGAGUACAACACUUAAAAUAUACUCAGAAGAGAGCCUUCUAUUUUAAAGUUGUAUGAAAAAGACUAAAAGAAUCUAUAUCAAGAUUUAUUUUCCUUCAGUGACAACUCUGAAGAGACUUUAAAAAUGGCUUUUUGAUUAUUAAACAGUAAUUUAAAACUUUGGAAUAUUGGAAAAUGUUUUAUUUUAAAUUAUUUAUAUUACAGACAAAUGAAACGAAAAAUAAUUUAUUAGACUUUUUAUGUUGUUAUUUAUGUGUUAGUUCAAGAAUCUCUUGUGCAAUAUUACCAAUUUAUUUUAAGUUUUAACUUCUUUAAGCUUUUGUUCAUGAUAUUUUUAUCAAUCAAGUAUGUAAUAGUUCAUUUUCUAUUUUUGUUUCUGACUUUAUUUUACUUUUCUUUGUAGUACUGGGUAUUAUUUGUACUAUAUAUUUACCAUAUUUCAAAACUCUCAUUUUAUUCUUUUAUUUGUUCCUUUUUUGUUUUAAAUUUUAAAACACUUCAGCAUUUAGAAUAGAUUUGGUAUAGAUUUCUGAACUUAUAUAUUAAUUCCAUCAAACAAUAUAAUUACUAUUUAUGAUUUUUAUUAUCAAGAGAGCACCCAACUUGACUUAAAUAGAACAAGAAUUCUUUUUAGCUGCUUUCCGUUAACAUUACAUCGAUACUAACUCCUCGCUCUUUAAUUAUGUUGCUAACAAAAAAUAUAAUUAAAUAAUUAGUCCUGUGUUUUUAAUGAAUUGAAGGCAAAGAUAAUGAUUACAAUACAUAAAUAGAGAGCAAGCAUAUUGUGUAAAUACAUUUCAAAAGUUAAUAAAGCAUUUUUCUUUGACCUC